AUGGCUCUUUUGAGAAAAAUUAAUCGGGUCCUCCUGGUGCUGCUGGUGCUGAUGGUGUGUCUCCUCCUGCACAGCACACUACUCAGAGCCUCCAUUCGGCCCAAAGUCUCAGGUACAAAAACAGCACAAGGUCCUCAAGCGAAGCUGUCAGAGGAGGAUAAUGUCAUCCCUGUCAUCAUCUGUGCAUCAGAAGAACGUAUGGGUGCAACCAUGGCGACCAUCAACAGCAUCUAUAGCAACACAGAUGCUAGUGUGUUCUUCUAUAUUGUUACUCUCCGUGAUGCCAUCAAAAUGGCCAGACGUUACAUAGAGAAGACUAAGCUGAAAAGCAUCAAGUACAAGUUAUUGGAGUUUAACCCCAUGGUUCUUCGAGGAAAGGUGAAGCCAGAUUCCUCUAGACCUGAUCUGCUACAUCCACUCAACUUUGUUCGCUUUUACAUACCUCUGCUAGACAUCACCCAUAAUAGGGUCAUAUACUUAGAUGAUGAUGUCAUUGUGCAAGGUGACAUCAAGGAUCUGUUCAGUAUGAAACUGAAGCCAGGACAUGCUGCUGCUUUCGCCACUGACUGUGACCUGCCCUCUACGCACGAGAUGGUGCGCAGCAUCGGUAUGCAGACAACCUACAUGGGCUUCCUGGACUACAGGAAACAGGAAGUAAAAGAUCUGGGAAUUAACCCCAGCGAUUGUUCUUUCAACCCUGGAGUGUUUGUGGCAGAUGUCAAAGAGUGGAAGAAACAGAAGAUCACCAAAGAGCUGGAGAAAUGGAUGCAAGAAAAUUUCGAAAAUAACAUAUACAGCAGUGCCAUGGCGGGAGGCGUGGCAACUCCACCCAUGCUGAUAGUUUUUCAUGACAAACAUACAACACUGGACCCACUGUGGCAUGUCAGACACCUGGGCUGGAGUCCAGAUGCUCGCUAUUCAGACAGCUUCCUGCAGGGAGCUCACCUGCUGCACUGGAACGGCCCAUUCAAACCGUGGAAUUACCCUGCUGUGCAUAUAGAUCUAUGGGAGAAGUGGUUCAUACCAGACCCCUCUCGAAAGUUCUCCUUGGUACGACCUGAGAACCUGAUCUGAGGUCUGUGGAUUGUACCACGUCUGAGCCACGGGUUGGCAUGAGGCA